GCGAGCGGAAAGUCCAGCAAGAUUGACUAUCUUAUUAUCUCGGCAGGUUUUGGCAAGUGCGUGGAAUCAGUAGGGUUUCAGACCACCUCUGACAUUAAGACCCACGCCCCCGUUCGAGUGAAGUGUUUCGGGAAUGUGGCGUCUUUGCAGGCGCUCAGCUUCAUGAAGCCUCCAAAAAUCCCAGUUGAGCAGCCUGUGGGGCCCGCUUGCCAAACCAGGUCGGCAUAUCAGGUGUUAGACUGUGCGUGCAGAGGCUUGGAGAUGCUGCAGGACAGGCCGAAGAGAGGAUUGGUUCAGAAGCACUUGAACACUCUUUAUCAGGAGUGGGCCGACCUCGCCGAGAUCGAGGUUGCCGCGAGCCGUCGCAUCACCCUCCACCGGUAUGGCGCUCCGGGCAAGCUACCCAGGCUCAUGUGGGUCUCUGUGGCAGACAUGGACACUAACCGGAACCAGGUGCUGGACCCCUCCCUCUUUUCUUUUAGGCUCCGGGGCUUGAAACAUUGGCAGGCCUGGCUGCUAGACGGUAUUACCAAAGAAGGCAGGCGGGCGCACAGGUGGACUAAGGAGUGCAAGGCUUGGACGGCUACGACCACGCUUUCGCGACGCGGCCACAUCGUGUCGGACCCCCUGGCCCUGUUGGAGACGGAGGCCGCCCGGUUCUCAGAUAUGUGGUUGGCCGAUAGGCAGCCAGAUCGGAACCCCGAUCCCCUGGACGUCCUUGAUCCUUUGGAGGCUCUUACCCCGGAUCAGAUCCGCCAGGUAUCUCGCAGCUAUUCGACGCGCACUUGCAUUUCUGUCGACGGCUUCCACAUGCGCCACUUCGCCAGCACGUCGGACGAUUGCCUGACAGCGUUCAGCAUCAUGAUGCUGAUUUGCGAGGCUACAGGGCUCCUGCCGUACCACAUGCAAGUGCUCCAGAUGGCCCUCCUUUCCAAGCCACAAGGGGGCUUUCGGCCAAUCGGCCUCUUUAGCUCGUCUUACCAUCUCUGGGGUAGGGCCCGUCGGAGAUUGGCGUCCGCCUGGGAGCUGGAGAGUGCUAGAAGCUACCUGGCGGCUUCAACGUGCAAUGGGGCUUCGGACGUGGUCUGGAGGCAGUCGGUCCGGAGCGAGUCUGGGGUCAAGCGCGGCCAGGCGGCUGCUACGUUGCUUUGGGAUCUCCGGAAGUUCUACGAGAGCAUGCAGUUGCCCCUCUUAGAACAGCGAGCCCAUGCAUCAGGCUUCCCGGCGCAGAUUCUCCGCAUGCGCCUUUGCGCGUACCGUGGAGCAAG